UUGCGUCAAGUGUCAAGUUGCGUGCGUCUUUUCGUUCGAUUCGAUGAUUGAAAUUGUAUUGUAUGCUUGUUGUUGUCAUAAUUUUUGUACUUUGCGUAUUUUUUUGUGAAUUCCUUCUGUAAAAGUGCUUACAUUAAGUAAGUUUCUCAAUAAAACAUUCGUGUACACGAUAUUAUUGGAGCUUCCAAAGCACCACAACCGGGAAAAUGUCAAGCACAUCACAAAAGCAUCGCAAUUUUGUUGCGGAGCCUAUGGGAGAAAAACCAGUCACUGAUUUGGCUGGUGUCGGAGAAGUGUUAGGCAAAAGACUGGAAACUGCUGGAUUUGAUAAGGCAUAUGUUGUACUGGGGCAGUUCCUCGUUUUGAAGAAAGACAAGGAACUUUUUCAAGAAUGGAUGAAAGAGACUUGUAGUGCCAACUCAAAACAAUCAGCAGAUUGCUAUCAAUGUUUGAAGGACUGGUGUGAUGAAUUUCUGUAAAUAAUUUACUAUGGGUUUAUUUUUAAGUUUUACAUUUUGAUAAAGUAAUAAAUAAUAUUUUUUUACGAAAUGUACAUAGGUAUAUGUGUGUAAUAAAUAAGUAAAACAUUGUCAAUUUUCGACCAAAAUAUUGUAAUUAGCACAUUGUAUGGCAUUCUUUUUUUAUGUCAUUUAAAAACCAAUGUAAUUAUCCAUA